AUUCUAUUGUUUGGUUGAGAAAGCAAUACCAUAAACGAACAAAAAAACAUGUCUGGUUAUUUAUUUGCUCGGUAGGCAUUUUUAAAAUAACAUGUGAAUUAUGGUAAAGGAAAACCUGCAAGCAUUGAUCAAGCAACUUCAAAGCUUGUGACAAUUUAAUUGCGAAAAAUGUGUCACACGGAAAAGCUCCAGCACAAAAAACAUUAAACGGAAACGAACCCAUCAGACAAUUCAUUCGUUCCAGAACACCAUGUAUUGAUGAUAUUUUGGAUACUACGCAGCUCUUGAUAUUUUCAUGUUGUGAAGAAAGGUAAACUGUUCUCAGGAUUCAGCAUAAGGUUUGUCAUCCUCUUCGAAAUAGGUAAUAUCAUCUUAUUCAAAGUACAAAUAAUCAGGUGACCACGUUCGUGUCCCCAACAUCCCAGAUAUUCCAACGGUACUAAAAUACCUGGAGGCUGUGAUCAUCUUGAACUUUGACAUUUGAACCUCUGUUAAGUCCGCAAAUAUAAUUUAAAAAUCCCCGUCGUUAUACGUCAUUUCAGCUUUAUCCAUCACUAUUCUAUGAAAUAAAUUACGAUGGCAACUCUAAACACUUUUCUUGAUUCUGUUAUUUCCGAUGAAGUUGAAUGUGCAAUAUGCCUCAGUAUGUUGGAAAGACCGCGAAUACUGGAAUGCUUGCACAGCUUUUGCGAGAAGUGCUUGGAAAAGUACUUUAAAAGCUCGAAAGAUGACUCGUCCGGGUCUGGGAAAGGCAACCUGAAGUGCGCCAUCUGCUGUGCACAUACUACACUACCUGAAAACGGUGUCCUUGGAUUGAAACUGGACUACAGAGCUACUCGUUUAGUAGCAGCUCUUCGGGAAAAGGAAACCAGAAAGAGCAAACUUGUGAAUUCAGGCAAUCACUGCGAGGUUUGUGGAUGGACUGCAAGUGUAAAAGCUUCUUCGACUGAGGAUUCGAAUUUUACUUUCUGCAGCGAUUGUUGCCAGGUCAUAUGUAAACGCUGCACGACAGUACACGCUGGUUUACGACUCACCAAAGCACAUGAAGUUGCUAAGAUAUCUGAUCUGCUUGCCGGAAAGGUAUCAAUAAAAAAUAAAGACCACCAAAUUCACUGUCCAAAACAUGUCGACGAAAAACUAAAGAUUUUCUGCGUGACCUGCCUUGAACCCGUCUGCCAAGAUUGUACACUGUCUGACCAUGCACAAGGAGAUCACACGCUUAAAUUACUGAAGGAUUACGUCCCGACUAUCCGCGAGGAGCUGAGCUCACGCCAAGUAAUGGUAUCCAAGAAAUGUGAUGAAUUUACAGAUUUUCUCAAUUCGCUACAUAAACUCCGAAAUGAUAUAAUAGACAACUCUAAGAAAAAAAGCAAAGCCAUUGAGAAAGCUUCUACUGAAUUUAAUCGAAGGGUGAAAAAGACGCAGUUGCAAAUGGAAAAGGAAGCACAGGACAUUCUUGAUGACCAAGAAAACCAGUUAGAUCGACUGAUGAAGAAAACAGAACACAUGAGAUCACUGGCAGAUAAGAGCUUGUCUAUGUCGAAGAAGCUUCUUGAAAACAAGGAGGAUCCUGUUGGGCUGGCCUCCAUGUACAAAGAUCUUAAUCAGGCCAUGGAUAGAACUAUAGCUGAUAAACCGGAUACGGAUCAGUUCCAACAGAUAAAGAAGUCAAACGAUGACUUGCACUAUCAUGUAAAAACAAUAGAGGCGAAAUUUGGGAAAGUCGUAAUAAAUUGUGACUGCAGAGAACACAACACUCUGACAGUGGAAUGUAUUGAUGGACCAAUAGAUGUUCAGUUCUCUCGUGACGGAAGAAUUUCAGCCAUUGUCAAAGCUGAAGGCGUCACAGAUGGACACACGAAGUAUAAACCAUGUGAUGGUGCAUAUUGCAUAAAGUGUCGCGAUCGUUGUUUAAACACUUAUUCAAAGACAGUUAGGAAUACUGAUGUGUCUACUGUUAUUCGACAGACGGCUACAAGCUUACCUCACUGUAACGAUUUAAGUUGGACCCGUUUCCUCGAUCUGGAAUACCAAAGCAUCAGAUGUUUUUCUUCUUUUUCAGACCAAUACUUCAUCAUCGCAACCACUGAUGCGAAGUUGUACAUCCUUGGGGAUAAACUGGACCAGAUAGAUGAUAAUUUACCAAAUGGACGAAAUAUCUCUGGUUUGGCAACAGACAGUGCUGACAAUAUUUACAUCACUGAUCGCGACAACCAUAAGAUAUAUGUUCUUCGGUCGAGCGGUACACUGAAGGAUACAAUCGAUGUGAAGGAUAUUUCACCGACCUGCAUCGCUGUCCCUCAUAUAAAACCAGAUUUGAUUGCGGUCUUGCACGAACCAGCAACCGUGUCCAUUCUAGACCAAUCCGGAAAGGCACUUCGCUCUAUCCACGACGAUAAAUGGAAGGAGGUGGCCAUCGGGUGUGAUGCUAAUCGCUUACUAUAUGUAUUAUGGUCAGGCGAAGACACGAAGAGGACACUGGAAAGGUACUCCUUUCAGGGGUUGAAGGUGGAUACCCUGUUUCAGGGAGAAUCACACAGCUGUAAUAGUCUCAUUAUAGCAGUUCCACCAACGGGAGAGUCUGCAGCCGCAGUGGCUACUGAAACUGGUAAAAUAAUGAUUGUGACUCCCGACAUGCCCAAAGAUUCAAAGGUAAAUUAGGUUCCUGAUAUCAGGAGGUGGGCAGUCAGUGGUUUUCAAUGCCACAUGUGUACAUGAUUGUGCAAACCUUCUACGCGAAAAAAAGAAGUGAUUAAGCGAGUGCUCUGUCGGUUUUCAAAGAGCAUUUCAAUUGCACUUAUGCUAUACGUGUCCGUUUAUCACUUUUCAAAAGUGAAAUCCACCGAGUGAUCCAGUAAUCGGAAUAACGUUUUCUUUAGAAUGCAAAUGAACUUUGUAUACACGCCAUCCUCUCUCAAGUGGAAUAUACAUUCCCAUCCCCUUGGAUUCAUUAUUAGUAAGCAAGCGACAGAGCGACAUUUGAUGGUAAUCAUUUAAGCUUCAUCAUUGUUGAUUUCUAGACUAGAGGUAGGGGCGGGUAGUGUUUGAUACAGCUGUUGGAUUCAUUUCAGUUUUUGUAACCUUGGUUUAUAUCAUAGUAGCAGCGAACACAAUAACAUUUAUAAAACUAUGUGCCCAUUUAGUCGAGUGGAGCGACCGACCUACUUCCAUAAACUAAAAAAAAGCUCUAGUGAUUCUAGCUGCGUUGCCAUGGUGAUGUUCAUUUCCCCCUUAUGGGUGGUGUUGAGAGUAUCAUGUAGGACAAUUCUCAACCGGCAUUAUCAUGAACAUGUGAUAAUUUGUCGGCAGUAACAUCAGCCCUACUUUCUGUAACAGUGGGAUGUGUUCACCUUCAGUUGUGCAAAUCAACAUCGUGCACAAGAAAUAAAUGCCUGAAUCACUCGUCAAAGUGAACAUCUUCACCUCAGUCGACAAUUUGCUCAUGAUCGAUUCACCGUCUUAUGAGUCAAAAUGAGUCAAUCGUGUCCGAUCCUCUCAACGAAAUUGAUUUUCCAUUUCUGAUAGCAAAUACGCUUGCCCGUUUCGUUUGAAAAAUCACGGACCGACAGUCUUGCCAAUGUGAAAGCAACCUUUCAGCUACUUCAGGUAACAAGCCAACAUUGGCUCAACGUUGGAAACUUGAAGUUGAAAGUCGUUGGACUUUGGAAAGACAUGAUGGAUUAACGUUGAAUCGACAUUGGAUAUUAGAUUGAUGAAAAUAUGAUUGACACCAAUGUUGCACCAACGCUGUAAUUGAUGACUCGGCCUACAUUGGACCAACGUUACUGGAAAACGUUGGAGCACUGAUGGUGGACAACGUUGGACCGAAGUUGGAAACAUUGUUGGUCUGACGAUGCAUGCGCGUGCACUCCUAAUAAUGUUGCAACGUUGCAUACCAACGUUCAGGCAACGUCAGAAAUAUAUAUCUUCUUAACGUUGUUCCAACGUUUGUCCAACGCUGUAAUUCAGCCAACAUUGGAAUAGCGUUGACAGACCACAUUGAAGCAUUGUUGCCAGACAACGUUGAUAUACAUCGUCGUAAACUUUGUUGGACUGACGAUGUAUGCGCGUGCACUUCUAUCGAUGAUGCAACGUUGGAGAAAAAAUCCCAACUUUGUUCCACGCUGUAUUGUUACCUGGGGUACAGUAGUCUUACUCUCGUACAGUGACACACAUAACAGUGGCACACACAAUCAUACAUUAUUUUCACCUCUACUUACAUGUAGUCCUACUACUGGUCAUACAUAGCCUAAUAGCCAGCCAGAGCUAGAGUGCAAUUACCCUCUAACAAGGGGGCAAUUACAUGCCACCAACACAAAAAUAUAGACACACCUGCCCAUCACCAACUGGCUGUACUUUAGAUGUUGUGGUUACGAUCCCAUUUCGCCAACAACACCCCACAAGAUGUAGAUGCCCUUUUCAACUACCAACCACCUGAAUAUGUAGACACCCUGUACACCCACUACCUAGAUGUAACAAUUCCAAUCGAUAUUGAUGCCCCACCAGACCUCCAUCCACAUGCCGAUGUCUGCGCCCCAUCCAACAAGUCGCCAUCUACUAAGGAUGUCCUCACCCCUCCGAUGAUGAGAACCCCUGAAACCCAUAACCCUCUUCGCCCCAAAGUAGGGACCAGCGUAUCCUCACCCCUCACAGCUCAUGUUUUAGUUGUGAUAUUACAGUUUCACUCAAUACCCUCGUGAUGCGCUUCCCUUCCAGCUUAUAUGCCCCCCUGUCUACCCUUGACUCAAUAUUGUCCCCAUUGUGGAGAUACGCCUGUACUGUUGGAGCCGUUAAAAUUCGUUGAAUACAGCAGACAACCGUCCCCCAGUUUCGCGUCCCCUGAACUGUAGCCCCCCCCCCCACUCUUGGCCCCAUCCUCCCAGAGUGCAUGCCUUCCCUCCUCAUCAGGCACUUGUUUGACCCCCCCCCUAUUCCAAUCAUAGACUCUGUUUCAGUGGCGUACCUAGGAUUUUCCACAGGGGGGGCAAAAUCGGCCGCCAAAAAAUUUGACAAGC